AUCCGUGUGCACGAACUGAAGGAGUGAGGCCCGGUGGUUUUUAAUCCUACUGCAAAAUGCUUGAGAUAAUCCUUCAAUGCUCGUGCACCUGUAGAACAGGCUGGCAGGCCCUGACCCCGCAGACCCCCCUCGGGUUAAUAUGGAUGUAAUGCGAUCGAGGGGACCGGACGGAAAACAGACGCCGGCUCUCCUGCUCCUGAUCGCCUCCAUUUUUACCUUCCAUCGUCUGCCUCCUCCUGCAUCGAAGCUCUGCUCAUAUUCCUUUUCUGUUUAUUUCACGCUCAUCUCACUGACUACUUUUUUUCGCUCAACUUACCCAUCACUCCCUGCGUCGUCUCUUCACAAACGUGUGACAUUCUUUCUGGACUUCCCGUGGAUCCUGUCCGGGAGAGACCAGGAUGUGGUCCAACUUCUUCGUUCAGCAGGAUGAAGAGGGCCGGAUCGGCGUGGCCGGGGCCGGACAGGGCGGGGGUCUGGGCGCGAUGAAGGGUGGAAGGGGGCAAAGGCGAAGCCACAGGAUGAGUGACAGUCAGGAGGGCAAAAUCAAACUGGCGUUCUUCGUGUCUAUCAUUGGCGUGACCCUCACCGUGUUGGGCAUGGGGACCGAGUUCUGGGUGGAGCUGGCCCAGUCCAAGAAUUUCAGCGGCAACGAGACCUGCCAGAUGGCCCACUACGGCCUGUGGAAGAGCUGCGUGCGCACCCUGUUCGUGGCCGACAUCGACCCGGAGCGGACGAUCUGCGGCCCGGCCGAGCUGCCCGGAGCGACCAACUGCACUUACUUUAAAUUCUUCACCUCCGGGGAGAACGCCGUCAUAUUCAGAAAGACGACCAACAAGAAUUUGAAUCUGGCGGCGGCCGUCUUGGCCCUUUUGAGCCUCACCAUGAUGGCCAUGGGCUCCAUCUGCAUCGCCAUGUCCCUCAGCAAAGGAGUGCCCUUCUUCCUCAAGCCGGCCGCCUUCUGCUUCAUCCUGUCAGGAGUUCUGGUUCUUAUCUCCAUCCUGAUAUUCCACCAGUCGGUGCUGGCCUUGCUGUCCAGCGACCACUCCGUCCCCAUCCACCACGAGCUGUCCUGGUCCGUGGCCUGCGUGGGCUCAGCUGGAGCCAUCUUGAUCUUCGGCGGCGUCCUCUUCAUCCUCCUCUCGCUUCCUUUCAGCCCCUGGCAGAAGUGUUGGCCACACAAGAACAGCGCCACCUAGCGCCCCAAGGCCCACGUGUGCAUACGAUAGAGGCUUUCGAUGUUUUACUUGAGAGUAAGUGCAGAAUUAUUACCAGAGGAUUGAUACUCGGAGCUUGCUCUUGUCCAAGAGGUCAUACAGGUCUUAAUAUUCUGAAAUAUAAAUACAAAAUAAUCACAGGUCCUCCAGAAUUAGUCUAAAAUAGAUUUGGUGUUUAAGUGUUUAGUAGAGGACAGAUGAAGGGAGUGACAGGGCGACUGCUGACUGAUCCAUUUUUAGUGUUGCGUUGUGUCACAGACUCUUUGCUGCUUAUUGCUGUGUAGUUACACCUGAAACUAGUGAUUCUGACAUAAAUAGAGUGAACAUAUUUUUAACACCUUUGUAUUAUUCAGUGUUUUGUAUGGAGGCUCAUUUUUGCCAGAAAUAACAGGUCUUUGUUUAAAAUUAGCAUCAUUUGUCUUCCUGCAACUUUUAGAAACAGUAAAUAUGUUGUAGUAAAUGUAGGUUUGAGGACAGAUUACAGGUUGUGAUCAUUGGACUGGAAGUUGAAAAUGAACACUUGAAGUCUAAUGUUAUUGUUAAACCUGUCUUCAAAGCUAAAGGGAUUAAGACACUGGUCCCAUAUAGAUGGAGGGAGCCGCACUCCGUCAGGUGAAAUGUAGAGGCAGCAUUUUCUCGUUUCAUCGCCGUUCUGCAAAACCCUUUAUCUUCUUGCCAGACGCUCUGUUCUCCGGGCGUAAAUGCGCUUCCACACAUGGCCGGUUACGUUAAUAGAGGUUCUUCAUGAUUGCUUCAUGUUGCUUUAUAAAUAGAGUCUGUGUCACUAAUAUUGUGGCAGUAAGUCCCUUAAAGCAUCUGAGCAUCUAUUACUUGAUAAACAGUUCAAAGUAAAAGUUUUAGAUGUCAGUAUUUGUUGUGCUUGUGUGUGUUUUACUACUGGGUGAAUGUAGCUUCAGCAUUUUCAUGUCUGCUGAAUCAAUUCAACUGUGAUGAAAUGUUCAAAUGUAAUUUUGUAUAUGAGAGAAUUGUAUGGACAUGUGAUUUAAGCUCAGCUCUGUACAUAAAACCUUUGUGUAUAUUUUAUGAAUGGCC